CGCCCCGCCAUCAGAUCGAAAGUAGUUGCGGCUGCUGGUUGGCUUGCUGAAACUCUACACUAGCGAAUCAUUUGUAGUUAAAGUAUCGUUUGCGAACGUCAUGCAGCGAUUCGUUGGUCGGAAGUGGCACGAGCUCGGAUAAAAUCGACAGUCAACCGUGGGUGAUCUUGAUCCUUCCGAUUGGUCCACUCAUCUGUCACCAAUCAACUACGAACGUGCCGUACGAUCCUUUCAUCGACAAGUGGAAAGCGUACAUUCCGGCAAUUCCGGGCGAUGGGCUGCUGUCGAUGGUAUAUGGUGGUGGGAUUGGGUUUGGGAAAAGUAGGAACAGGAUUGAUAUUUCUGUUCGCUUGGAGGGACAUUUUCGACAUACUGGUGACAGAGGAAAAAUCACUUCUACCUGGAUCCAUGUUGUACAAAGAAUGGCGUCGUCCUACCGAGCGUCCAAGGUGGCAGUUCUACGUGUACAACUGGAGCAAUGCGCAGGCGAUUCUAGAGCAUCAAGCUUCAUCGGCUAGCUUUCAGGAGAUCGGACCUUAUGAGUAUGAAGAGGUCGCCGAGGUGGUAGACGUCAAGUACCAUCAAGCAAACGGUACGCUGUCAUAUCGCAAACGAACCUUCUUCCGGCCCAGUGGCCCCCACAGCACAACUACCAAAGGUACCGAAUCGGAAGAAAUCAUCAGCGUUAAUUUCGUCGCCCUGGUAGCGUCCCAUCUUGGCCACAGCAUGGACUACUCUGUGCAACGCGAGCUAUCCUUCAUGCUGCACAACUUCCGCCAGACCGUUGCCGUGACUAGAACGAUCGGACAGCUGCUGUUUACCGGAUAUCGGGAACCCAUGAUAGAACCGUUGCGAAAGCUAGUCUGCCCCACCAAACGUCGCAGUAUGGUAUGUCAGGAUGAACGGCUUGCCUACUUUCGCACGUUCAACGUUACCCGACGUGCUAGCGAAGUUUACAGUCUGGACGUCGGGCUGAAGGAUCGCUCGAAGUACGGAACGGUACGAUCGUGGGACGCUGCUGCAGUACCUACGGCGCACGGAGAGUUUCAUCCGUGCGACGGAUUUGCCGACCUUACUGGAGAGUUUUUUCCAUCUCGCAUCAAACGCGACCAAGCUAUUGUAAUUGUUCUGCCCGAGCUCUGUCGCAGGUUAACGCUGGAGUUUGAUCGCGAACAGCUCGUAGCUGGUAUUAUGGGUUUCCGAUACGCGGUGCGAUUAGUACGUUCGUUCCGCUCUGAACAGAUGUCGGAGAGCAGCAUGCGGAGCUGUCCGGAUACGUCCAUCCGGUUGGGAAGAUAUGGUAUACUCAACACGAACGAUUGUAAUGGAUUCCCACUGUAUGAAUCGGAUCAAGCGCAUGUUUCCAGCAAUGAAAGUACUUCGUUCUCUUCAGACAGUGACCUGUUGUACUAUGUGCUGGAACCUACAACGGGAACGGUACUCGAGUCAAACAUUGGUCUAACGUACUACACGUUUCUGCGCCCAAACGAGCAUAUUGCGCUGUUUCAGAGCAUUCCCGAGCUACGUAUACCACUGUUCCGCUUUAAUCGGUACUAUCGAUUGAGCGAGCUGAAGGCAGCAAAGCUUCGGCAGUUGCUGCAUCUACUCGAUGUUGGGCAUCAGAUAGCGCUGGCAGGUUGCGUCGCGGGCCUUACGAUCAUUUUGUUAGCUGUAGUGUAUGCCUGCUGGAAGGCGCAACGGCCGAGCAAAACUAAUAACGAUCAAUACCGCAUCAUCGGUAUGCCGUUGAGCGCUGGGGGGUGUGAACAUAAUUUAUUAAAGUAAUACAUUUAAAGCAAUAUACUAUGCAAACAUUUCAGUCGCGUUGUUUUGUUUCGAACGUGAUGAAAUUUAGAUAAAAAAUAUAAAAUUUAAUAUACAAAGACAAAUGAAAUACAACAGAAGUAGGACAUAUAAAAAGGUGAAUACAAGCAAGUAUAUUACAACAGGGAUAUUUCCAUAUUAUAUUUUGAAGUACAGUUGACUCUAUCAUAACUAGUAACCUUCUUAAAAAAAAUUUAUAACUAACCAACUAAUCUAAAUGCUCGACAAAUAUCCCUUUUAACGAGCAAAAUCUCGCAAAACGUGUAGCAACUGUUGCGUUAUUAAUACAUUUUUGUAUCAUGAACGGUAAUGUUGUUUGAAUGAAAAGAGAAGGGGAAAAGAGCACCAUGGACAAAAGCUGUUUUUGUAAUAUUUACUAUUCAUUUUUAAAGACUUGUGCUGUUAAUGUUUAAAAUCAAUUAAUCUGCAACGGGCUAAUUGAUGAAGAGGCGGUUGGUAUCAUGCUGUGAAAAUAAACAGAAAAUAUCU